GUUCUGUUUGCUAGAACACGUUCCUUUGAUCGCUGAGAGAGCUCACACACGCACACACGUGUUGGAUCCACAUUCACUUGUUACUGGAAGUUAUCAGAUUUGAAAUUUCUGUAAUAUCAUCAUGGCAAAUAACAACUCUGAACGCCUGAGCGACACUAAGAAGGAAUCGCUCAAGAAGAACUUGAAGAGAAAAGUCAGAGAAGGUGAAGAUGGACUCUCAAAGACAAAGAGGAGAAGACUGAACUACAACCAGGCUGAGAAGGAAUCAGGAUCGGCCUCGUCUGCGGACACUGGCAAAGAGAGCAGCAGCACACAGUCCAGUAGGUGCGGUACAACAGUGGAGGAUGUGAGCAAGAGGACUGGAAAGAGGAAGGCUGCCGCUGAUGAAGAAGAACCCUGCGCAAAGAGAAGGAAGGGCCGGCCAACCAUGAAGGAUUUGAUAGAUUCCCGAAGAGCUGAAUUUGAGGCCAAAUACCAGCAGGAGAAUCAUCUCGGCGAAGGAGGCUGUGGAUGUGUGUUUGCUGGCUACCGCAAAGCAGAUCAUUUACCUGUUGCCAUCAAACACAUAGCAAAAGACAAAGUGUUGUGCAAAGAGAGACGAAAUGGGAAAGAACUCUCAGCUGAGGUGGCUGUGAUGUUAAAACUCCAAGCUGGAAGAACUGGAUUAAUGGAGGAAUCAGCACCCGUGUCACUCCUGGACUGGUAUGAUCUGGACCAGGAGCUGAUCCUGGUGCUGGAAAGACCAAUGCCAUGUAUGGACCUUUUAAAUUACAUCAGGACAAACAGAGGCCACUUACAGGAGGACAAGGCAAAGAUCAUACUUAAACAGUUGGUUGAUGCAGCAAAUGAACUCGAGGAUAAGCGCAUCUUUCAUCGGGAUAUCAAACCGGAAAACAUCCUGAUUGAGACCAGCUCAGAUGUGCCGCGUGUUCGUGUCAUUGACUUUGGACUGAGCUGUUUCUUCAAGAAAACAUCAGUUUACCGUGUCUUCUGUGGUACCCCCCAACAAGUCCCUCCGGAGUGGUACAGUCAUUAUACCUACAGGCCCGGCCCCACCACAGUGUGGCAGAUGGGAGUGGUCUUAUAUGAGCUGCUCCACAGAACAGUCCGAUUUGAUACCACAAGUUUCCUCAGACAUGAGCUGCCAAUCAGGGAUGAGCUGUCCAGAGAUUGCCAGGAUUUCUUACAGAAGUGUUUAAACACAUCCUACAUGCUGCGACCUACCCUGAAGGAGCUCCAGCUUCACCCAUGGCUCAGAUAAACCAACACUACACUCACACACGAGUUCAUGCCAAUACAAUACAUUCACAAUACAAGAACUAAUUCUGUUCUCGUUUUUCUUCACCAGGACCGUCCGCCAUGCUUAUACAGGUUUUCUCCGGGUGCUCCGGUUAGACCAACUGCAGUUCCUUUAGGCCCCCCGGCCGUCCGCGGAGAGGAGGAUCUCUCUUUGAAUUGCCUUUCCCGAGGUUUCUUCCCAUUUUUCAUCUGGCCUCAAGGUUUUGGGGAGUUUUUCCUCGUCUUCUUAGAGAGCUUGGGCCGGGUCAGGAGCUGCUUAUGAUUUGUGCUUAUGACGAAAGCCAUAUCACAUCAUAAGGAAAAAAAAAUGGAUACUAAUCUAUCAACUGGUCAUUUUGUGAUAUUAAACUAGAAUAAUAAUAAAAAAGAAACAACUUAGA